CUGAGGCGGCAUUUCUUAUGUGGGAUGAAACGGUUGACAGUUCGCCCACAGUAGAAAUCGAAGACGGGUCACUUCAAGCUAUUUAUAGCUGCUUCCCACCAUUGAUGGUUUUCUAUGUACACCCUCUAAAGCAUAGAACUUAUUACCUUUUUCUCACUUCAAAUUCACAUAUCUGUUGCGCAAAACUUAACUCCAAUGGCUUCCAACACUAAAGAAAUAGCAGUUGAUAUGACCCCCUUUUUCGUUAUCUACAAAGAUGGUACCAUCAAUAGAUUCAGGCCAUCAGAAAAUGCUCCACUCUGUGACGAUCCACAAGCUCCUGUUCAAUCUAAAGAUGUUGUAAUUCAACCAGAAACAGGGGUUUCCGUACGUUUAUAUCUCCCCAAACUCACAAACCCACAACAGAAAAUCCCCCUCGUAAUUUACAUUCACGGCGGCGCUUUCUGUAUUGGAUCAGCUCGUUCCCCCACGUUCCAUAAUUUCAUCAGCUCACUAGUCGAAAAGUCUAAUUUUAUUGCUGUUUCUGUUGAUUACAGGCUUGCCCCUGAAAACCCUCUUUCCACUACGUACGAUGAUUCUUGGUCAGCAUUUCAAUGGGUGCUUUCACAUGUUAAUGGAAAAGGCCCAGAGUCAUGGUUAAAUGAGUAUGCUGAUUUUGGUAAAGUUUUUAUUGGUGGUGAAAGUGCUGGAGCAAAUAUUGCUAAUGACGUUGCUGUUAGAGCAGGGGUUAGUGAUCUUGAUUUAAAAGUUAAAAUUUUGGGGCUUUAUUUGGUUCAUCCGUAUUUUGGGGUAGAAAAUGAUACGCUGUACAAGGUUUUGUGUCCGACAAAUACUGGUGGAUGUUUCGAAGAUCCGAGGGUAAAUCCGUUGUUAGAUCCGAGGUUAAAAUCCAUGGCGUGUAAGAAAGUGCUGUUUUUGGUGGCGGAGAAAGAUUUUCUGAAAGAAGGGACGAUGAAUUAUUAUGAAGGGUUGAAGAAGAGUGAAUGGAAUGGAGAAGUGGAAAUAAUGGAGACGAAAGGGGAAGGCCAUUGUUUUCAUUUCUUCAAUCCUAUGUCUGAGAAAGCUGUAGCUCUUAUGGAUAAACUGGUUGAUUUCUUGAAGCAAGACUAGGUCAAUGCGGAUUCAUAUAGCUGAGUCCAUUUUAUCAAAGAUGGAGUGACAUACUAGUUGUUGUAUCUUUACCUAGAGUUCCUCUAGCCUUUCAAACAGUCCUGGCGUUUUUUUUCUUUCUUUUUUUUCCCAAUGGGAACGUAUGCUAAAUUGAGAAUCGUAGACCAUAAGAAGAUCAGUUAGAGAAUUGAA